AUGGUCAAAGUAUCAGAUGAGCGCAAGCGAUGCGAUGAUUAUGAUGCGCGGAGGGUCAGCGAUGGCGAGCCCGAGCGGGCGGGCGAUGAGAAAGAUGCGGGCGAUGGCCGAUGGCCGAUGAUGAUGAGCGGGCGGCUUCAGGCGAUGAGCCGACCGGUCGAUGGCAUCGAUGGGCGGGCAUCGAUGGGCGAUGGCGGGCGAUGGGCGGGCAAUGAUAGCGAUGGUCGAGCAGGCGGGCUGAGCGGGCGAAGCGAUCGUUUACCGAUGGCCGAUGGUCGAUAUGCAUCGAUGGUCGAGCAGGCGCAAGCGAGCGGUCGAUUGGUUGAUGGUCGAUGGUCAGAUACCGAUGAUGGUCAGCGAUGA